UCUCCAGCUGCCAGGGCUUCAGUGAGCUGACUAUGAGGACCUGAGUGGUACAGAAGGGACCUGGCUGGAGUGGGACAUGACUGAGCAGCAUUUUGGAAAGGAAUCAGAAGCCGUUGAAUCAGCGGUGAGCCUGUUGAAAAAAACCCACACCUGGAUUUCACAGCACUUGGGGUAGAAAUUGGAUGUGAAAAUGAAGCCAGACCGAGAUACCCUGGAUGAAUAUUUUGAAUACGAUGCUGAAGAGUUCUUGGUCUCUCUGGCCUUGCUAAUAACUGAAGGACGAACGCCUGAAUGUUCUGUAAAAGGUCGAACGGAAAGUUUCCACUGCCCUCCUGCACAGUCUUGUUACCCAGUAACCACCAAACAUGAAUGCAAUGACAAGCUGGCCCAGUGUCGCCAAGCCAGACGCACCAGGUCUGAGGUCACCCUGCUGUGGAAGAACAACCUGCCCAUCAUGGUGGAGGUAAUGCUGCUGCCAGACUGCUGCUACAGUGACGACGGGCCCAGUACAGAAGGGGCUGAUCUGAAUGACCCUGCCAUUAAGCAGGAUGCGUUGUUACUCGAAAGGUGGAUCCUGGAGCCAGUUCCUCGGCAGAAUGGUGAGCGAUUCGUUGAAGAGAAGACCCUUCUGUUGGCUGUCCGCUCCUUUGUGUUUUUUUCUCAGUUAAGUGCGUGGCUGAGUGUUUCUCAUGGUGCUAUUCCACGAAAUAUUCUUUACAGAAUCAGUGCUGCUGACAUCGACCUCCAGUGGAAUUUUUCACAAUCUCCAAUAGAACAUGUGUUCCCUGUUCCCAACAUUUCUCACAAUGUGGCCUUGAAAGUCAGCGUUCAGUCCUUACCCAGGCAGUCCAAUUACCCGGUUUUGACAUGUAGUAUUCACACCAACAUUGGUCUUUAUGAGAAAAGAAGUCAAGAGCAUGAACUUAAAAACCAUCAGCACUGCAAUCCUAAUGAAGUAGAGCAAAGUAGUCCAAACAGUUCCCAGCGUCUGUGCAGCAAACCAACAUGGACCAUGGGCCCUGAAAGUGUCCUACACGUGAAACAUGGCACAACUUCUGAGUAUACUACAGCCAUCAAAAAUGUGAAACUGUAUCCUGGCCCUGGCAGUAAACGUGACCAUGGGACAUCUCAAGCCAACAUUCUGGGAUUUGGUGGCAUGGGAGAUAGAAAGUCACAUGAAGCAUCCGUGAGAACUUUAAAAUCAUUUUCACUGACUGGUUCUGGUGUUUCUAGCCGCCAGAGUUCCUGGCAGUCAGGUGGGGAGACUAACCCUUUAAUAGACUCUUUAAUUCAGGAUCGACAGGAAGUGAUUGCAAGGAUUGCUCAGCAUUUGAUUCAUUGUGACCCAAGCCCUUCAAAUAUUUCUGGCCCACCAUUUAAUACUCAAGGCUCUAGUCCACUGAAUUCAAAAAUUUACCAAGAGAAUGAAAAUGUAAGAAAAUGUAAAGACACUUUCUCCGUUUCUUUUGGUAGUCCAGACUUGACCUCAGAAGACACCCAUGAAGGGAAAACUCAGGUAAAAGCAGAAACUCCACGGAGUGAAACUUGUAUGUCCAGUGGGCCUUACUGUCGGCUGUCUACUGGAGAGGCGAAUCCUCUGAUAGGCUCUCUGCUGCAGGAGCGGCAGGAUGUCAUUGCGAGAAUUGCCCAGCACUUAGAGCACAUUGAUCCUGCGACAUCACGUGUUCCCCGGCCCACCUUCACCAUGCUGGAUUCCACUUCAGGUCUUUCCAAGGUAUUUAGGAGCUCCUAUGAAGACAAGCAAUUGUUGAAGACAAAUAAAGAUGAUGGCUCUGUGUCUGUUUCCCAUGGAAAAUUUUCCUUGCUAGGAGACAACAGUGAUGGGGAAAACUUGAUACCUAGAAAACCGUUCAGUUCUUUUAAAUGCAACAGUAAAGAAAAGUCUUCUUUGAAACCUCAAAUAAGAAACCAGUGUCAGAACAAUGCUACCGAAAUCAUCCAAAGCAUGUGUCAGGAGACACAGAACAAAGUUACUAGUUUAUCCACUUCCUUGAAUAUGUCUCAUUGCAAGGAAAAUAACUUAGAUUUGCUGAACAGAUUAGAAAAUACACUUUCGGAGACCCAGUUUAAGGAGCAAGAAAUUACUAAUGCAGUUGACAAACAGUAUUCAAAAUGCAGCAGUAUUGAAAAAAAGAUUUGUACAAAUAAAUAUAAGGAAAAAAUACUAAAAAAUGAGAAUUGUAAUCCGGACUCUUUUGAUAGUCUCCAACUUGAUAAUUCAAAAACAGUUGACUCACGAAUAAAAGUCAAUAUGUGGGAAAUGUCUGAAUAUUUGAACAAGUGUGAAAAUAAUUGUUCAAAUAAAGACUCAAAAAAGCCCAAGACAUGUGAUCAAAAUACUCACCUUAAUAGCAUAGAAAAUUAUCUCCAUAAAGAUAACGAAGGUUUCAAAUGCAAAAAGUUAGACAAAUUAAAAAAUGAGCAGGAUAAGAAAGAAGAUUCAACUGAAGAAAAAUCUCAAAACUGUUCUCCAAGGAAAAAUACAAAAGACUGUUUGUCUACAUGUGAACGACUGAAAAGUACCGAAGUGUUGAGGGGUACACUGAAACAUUCAAGCAUCUGGCGGAAACAUAAUUUUCAUUCCUUAGAUGGAACCUCAACAAGAGCCUUUCAUCCCCGAACUGGAUUGCCUCUUCUUUCAAGUCCUGUUCCUCAAAGAAAAACACAAUCAGGUUGCUUUGAUCUGGAUUCUUCAUUGCUGCGUCUGAAAAGCAUUUCAUCGAGAAGUGCUCAACCAUGUUUAAAUAUUGAAGAUGCUCCUGAUAUUCAUGAAAAACCUUUUUUGAGUUCUAGUGCUCCACCUAUAACAAGUCUCAGUCUCCUAGGAAAUUUUGAGGAAUCUGUUUUGAAUUACCGUUUAGAUCCCCUUGGAGUAGUUGACGGCUUCACUGCCGAGGUAGGAGCAAGUGGUAUUUUCUGUCCCACGCACUUGACUCUUCCAGUUGAAGUGUCAUUCUACAGUGUUUCAGAUGACAAUGCUCCGUCUCCUUAUAUGGGUGUGAUUACUUUAGAGUCCCUUGGUAAAAGGGGUUAUCGAGUACCUCCUUCAGGAACAAUACAAGUGACCUUAUUUAAUCCUAAUAAGACUGUGGUGAAGAUGUUUGUUGUGAUAUAUGACUUACGAGAUAUGCCAGCCAAUCAUCAGACAUUCCUACGACAAAGAACUUUCUCUGUUCCGGUUAAGCAAGAAAUGAAGAGAAGCGUCAAUAAACAGAGUAUCCGGCAUACAGAACGGUUACUACGCUACCUCAUACAUCUGAGGUUCCAGAGUUCUAAAUCUGGAAAGAUCUACCUCCAUCGAGACGUUCGGCUCCUGUUCUCUAGGAAGUCAAUGGAGGUUGAUAGCGGUGCUGCAUAUGAACUCAAAUCUUACACUGAAUCGCCAACAAACCCUCAGUUUUCACCACGAUGUUGAUAAGGAAUAACAAUUUCAAGUAUUCGCUCAGUACCCAAGUUUGGAAGUAAAUCUUAGCCUAAAAUGGAGUGUACCAAUUUUACAAUCAGGAGAGUAGAUCCUUUCCUGUUGUUCUGGACCAGUUUUUUUUUUUUUUUUUAAGGAUUCCUAAAAUGAGGCCCACAAAUUCCAAGUAGACUGGAAACACUCAUGCCCUAAUUCUUUUUGUACUGUUGAAACCACUUCAUUGGACACGUUGCAAUAGCAGAACCCCCUGUUUAGAUUAGUGUUUACACAUUUUAUUUCUGUUAUUUAAUAUUUAAUGUUUUUCUUAAUACUCAGAAGUGAUGUUUGUCUUAGUGUUCUAAUGUAGCACAAAUCCUGUGUCAAAUCAUACUGUGUAUUUUUGACCUUGACGUUUAAAUCUGAAAUAUAUGCACAAGUCUUUAAUUUUCGUGUGGUGUGCUUUAAGCGCUAUUUCUUUAAGCUAUUGAGAAUGAGAAUGAAAUGUUGAGCUUCUUUAAGAUUAAUGCACUAUGCAAGCAUGUGUAUUUUUUAUAUUGCUGGUAUGUGGUUUUGACAGCAUCCCAGCUACAUUGCUGGCUCGUGAAAUAGCCCUUUACCAUGCUGUAUGGCAGAGCAAGGCAGACAAGCUGCUUCACAGCCCUGGUGCAAGCUCACGUCCUCAUGCCCAUUCGUAGUCCUUUCAGGAUUUCUUGUUCCCCAGACAGUUCCGUUUUCCUUACUACCUUUAGCUGCUUUCCAUUGAAGUGCUGUCCCUUGCUAGAUAAUUUUCUCAAGUUGUUAAAAAAAAAUAAAGAAUAUGUACUUUGAAAAUAAAUUAGUAUUUAUAUUGUAAA